CAAAGGGGGGCGGGCGGCUCAGAAUAGACGCCAUGCUUGUCCUUGAAACAUGACUGCUCGAAGCUUUGGCAUCUUUGCGGACUUUUGCGUGUCUGUCUGACGAGAUGUUGGGUGUUUUUGUCAGAGCGGCGCUGGGGCCUGGCAUGGUGAAACCAUGUCGCCUUCUUCGGACGGUUACGCAGAUCCAGGAAAGGUCCCUGGUUCACCAGGAGGGUUUACCGAAGCUGCCCGUGCCGCCCUUGAAACAGACAUGCGAUCACUACCUGGCUGCUCUGGAACCGAUUGUCAGUGAAGAGGAGCUGGAGCACACCCGAGAGCUGGUGGAGGAGUUCCUGAAGGGUGGGGUCGGGGAACGUCUGCAAAAAGGUCUGGAGCGACGGGCCCGAAAGACGGACAACUGGUUGUCUGAAUGGUGGAUGCAGUCUGCCUAUUUGGACUGUCGGAUGCCGCUCGCUGUUUACACGAGCCCUGGUGUGGUCCUGCCACGUAUGCACUUCCAAGAUCGCCAAGGACAGAUGAGAUUUGCAGCUAAAUUGAUAGCAGGAGUGUUGGAGUUUAAAGAAAUGAUUGACAGUGAGACGCUACCAAUAGAGUAUUUGAGCGAGAAGCCCCUCUGCAUGGACCAGUAUUACCAGAUCCUGUCCUCCUGCCGUAUCCCUGGACCAAAGAGAGACACUGUUGUAAAUCAUGCCAUCGGGAAAACUCAGCCCACUCACAUCACUGUAGUUCAUAACUUCCAGUUUUUUGUCCUGUAUGUUUACAACAGCGAUGGUACUCCACUUACAGUGGAUCAAAUAUACAUGCAACUGGAAAAAAUUUGGAACACCUCUUUGCAGACCAACAAGGAGCCUGUUGGCAUACUAACGUCACAGCACCGCAACACUUGGGGAAAAGCAUAUAAUAAUCUGAUUAAGGAUAAGACAAACAAGGAGUCAGUGCGUGCCAUCCAAAAAAGUAUUUUCACUGUAUGUUUGGAUGCGCCCAUGCCCCGCGUGUCAGAUGAGCUGUACCAGAGCCGCGUGGCUGCACAAAUGCUGCAUGGAGGCGGUGCUCGCUGGAACAGCGGCAACCGCUGGUUUGACAAGACAUUACAGUUUAUUGUUGGUGAAGAUGGCACAUGUGGACUGGUGUAUGAACAUGCACCUGCAGAGGGCCCGCCUAUUGUGUUCCUCAUUGAUUACGUUGUUAAGUAUAUGCAGAAGAAUCAAAUAGUCCGCUCCCCAAUGGUUCCUUUGGUCAUGCCUCAGAAGCUGCGUUUUAACAUCACCCCGGAGGUCAAGCGAGACAUUGAAAAAGCAAAACAAAAUAUGAAUAUAAUGGUACAUGACCUGGAUGUGAACGUUCUACUGUUCUCUCAUUAUGGGAAAAAUGUGCCAAAGCAACACAAAUUGAGUCCAGAUGCUUUCAUCCAAAUGGCUCUGCAGCUUGCCUACUUUAGGAUGUAUAACACAUGUUGCCCCACAUAUGAGAGCGCGUCAUUGCGAAUGUUCAAAUAUGGACGAACAGAUGCAAUACGAGUAACGACCAUGGACUCGUUAAAAUUUGUCCAAGCGAUGCAGGACACAGCUAAACAGAACACAGAGAGGUUGGCACUGCUGCACAAGGCUGCUCAGACACACACGGAGAACACGUACAAUGCCAUUCACGGACAAGCCGUAGACCGACACCUUCUAGGAUUGAAGAUGCAGGGUAUUGUAGACCUCACAUCUAUGCCUGAGAUAUUUAUGGACACCUCCUUUGCUGUGGCUCACCAUUACAAUCUUUCCACCAGCCAGGUUGGUUCCAAAACCGACUGCGUGAUGUGCUUUGGUCCAAUGGUGCCAGAUGGCUAUGGAGUGUGUUACAAUCCCAUGGAUGAGCACAUCAACAUUGCUAUCACGGCCUUCAACAGCUGUGAGGAGACACAUGCGGCCAAGUUUGCACAGACUGUAAAUGAUGCUCUGUUGGACAUGAGAGCUCUUCUGGAGGACACGGCCAAAGCCAAGCAGUGAUCCCACACGAGAGUGGAGUGAUUUUAUUGGAGGGGAUCCUUUCGCUGAGAACUGGAUAUAAACAAGCGCCAGAGUUCUGGCAGCUAUGCCUCAUUGACAUGGACCUGCAAUGCACUGAGAGUGUUGGUGAAAACUACUACUGCUGUAUCAACAUCUCUACGGAGCUAAGGUGUGACUUAUGCUGCAAGUGAAACACAAGUCGUGCUGAGGGAAUUUCUAUAUUUUGUUAAAAGGUGUUCAAUGCAUAUAUAAAAACACUAAAUAAACAGAAAUUGCAAAGUGUA